UGUUGUGCAAUGUUAAUGCAAUGUUCAUGGUAAGACUUAUUUUCUGAGAUAACUCAUUUGUUUUAGAACCUGCCUGUGUCAUGUUUGAGUUUGAGUUCUUCAUGGAUGGUGGCUUAAAUGUAACAUACAUUGCUUUAGGUGGGUAUGUUGGGAUGGGCAAAUUCAGGUAUUUGUAUUUUUUCAUUAUGCUUACUGUAUAUAUUCUAACGAUGUUCUUUAGUUCAACUAUUAUGUGCGUCAUUUGGAAGCACAAGAACCUCCAUGAGCCUAUGUACUUCUUUAUCGCAGCGUUGCUGCUGAACUCCAUUGUUUACAACAGUGCUAUGUACCCGAAGUUGUUAGGGAACUUUGUCUCUGAGAAACCCAUCAUAUCAUAUUCAGCCUGUCUCAUUCAAUUCUUCAUAUAUUACACCUUAAGUGCUUCUGAUUUCUUCCUGUUGUCAGCCAUGGCCUAUGACAGAUAUGUGUCUAUAUGUAAGCCUCUGCAAUAUCCUACUAUAAUGAGAACAACGACAGUGAGUGUGAUCCUCUGUUUGGCUUGGCUUGUGCCUGCCUGUCAGCUUGCAGUUUCAGUAAUUCUGGUUAUUAAUACAAAAUUCUGUCAUUUGAAUUUAAAAUCUUUUUUUUGUAACAACUCAAUUUACAAUCUCUUCUGCAUCAGUUCAAAAGAACUAGCCUUAUAUGAUGUGUAUGCUCUGUUCAGCAUGGCCCUUUUACCUUUGCUCUUCAUACUCUUCACAUACACCAGAAUACUGAUCAUAUCCUAUCGCAGCGGUAGAAACGUCAGGAGGAAAGCUGCACAGACCUGUUUACCCCACCUCAUAGUUCUGUUCUGCUUCUCCUGUUUGUGUGCAUAUGAUGUUAUUAUAAUUCAACUUGGAUCUGAUUUACAUUCCAUCAUGACUUUACAGGCCUUCUUGUAUUACCCCCUCUUUAAUCCAGUUAUAUACGGACUGAAAGUGAAGGAAAUCUUUAAACACCUGAAGAAGUUGUUCUGUCGAGCAAAGUGGACCUGAUGUAUU